GCGCAAGCUUGAUGCGCUCUACAGCAGCUAGCCGCGGAGCAUCUAAACAGCUAAACAUGGCUCCGCUCACAUACAGCAGAAUGUCUCAUUUACUGAGGUCGUCCAUUAACAGACUCUCCGUUAUAAGAACCGGGGACGAAUCAAAACCGGGACCUGCGUGUUGUGUUCAGUUCGCACGCUGCCAGAGGUCGGGGGACAGCCAGGCCUUACAGGAGAGGCAGAGGCAGCAGAUGGCCAAAGGUCUCCCCCGGCAGAAGCCCAUCGCCGGGGUCAAACAGGUCGUCGUCGUGGCUUCGGGGAAAGGGGGCGUCGGCAAGUCCACCACGGCGGUGAAUUUAGCUCUUGGAUUGUUGGCCAACGAUCCGCUCAAGUCCGUCGGCCUGUUGGACGCCGACGUCUACGGCCCCUCGAUUCCCAAACUGAUGAACCUGAAGGGAAACCCGGAGCUCAGCGACGACAACCUGAUGAUCCCUCUGGUGAACUACGGGGUUCCUUGCAUGUCGAUGGGCUUCCUGGUGGACGACGUGGCCCCCAUCGUGUGGCGGGGGCUGAUGGUGAUGUCAGCGAUAGAGAGACUGCUGAGACACGUGGACUGGGGGUCUCUGGACUAUCUGGUGGUCGACAUGCCUCCGGGGACGGGGGACGUCCAGCUGUCAAUCUCCCAGAACGUCCCGGUAGCCGGCGCCGUCAUCGUGUCGACGCCACAGGACAUCGCCCUGCUGGACGCCCGCCGCGGCGCCGAGAUGUUCAGGAAGGUCCACGUGCCGGUUCUCGGCCUGGUGCAGAACAUGAGCGUCUUCCAGUGUCCCAAAUGUGACCACCGGACGCACAUCUUCGGCUCCGAUGGAGCACGGCGGCUCGCCGACACGCUGGGG